GUUCAGUUUCCAUUUUGCACUUGCCCACGGUGCCUGGUCCAGCGCAUUGGCAGGAGGAGCAAGAGUCAAGGCAUGCCGCCCCCGAUUCUACAGUGUGCCCGACGGAUGCCUCUACAGCAGCAGCAGCGGCGGCAAGCCUGGCUCGUGGCACCAGAAGCGGGCGACGAAAGCCAUUGCCAGUGACGGCGACGAAUCAGGCUGUUAUCGCGCUGAGGAUGCCGCGGGAAAACAGGGACAUGCUUGAUCUGGUUAUCAGUGGUGCCCACAUGCUAGACAUGGAUGGCUUUAAGCUUCUUGAGCUUGUAGGGCUUGAAAUGGACCUCCCCGUCAUCAUGUUAUCUGUGAAUGGAGAGACAAAAACUGUAAUGAAGGAGAUAACUCAUGGUGCCUGCAUCUAUCUCCUAAAACCCAUUCACAUCGAGGAGCUUAGGAAUAUCUGGCAGCAUGUUGUUUGGUCCGUUGAAUUAUAUAGAAAAUUCAUCUCUGCUGUCAACCAUCUUGGAAUUGACAAAGGUGUGCCGAAAAGGAUACUUGAGCUCAUGAAUGUUGAGAAACUCACUAGGGAAAAUGUUGCAAGUCGUCUACAGGUUGAGUUCAGCACAUGUAUACCUACCUCAGUCAGUGAGGCACCACGCAGAGUUUGAGGAGAUGUAGGCCAGCGUGCCACCUCUCUCACUUUUCAAGUCACCGCUGAGCCGCCUUUUUUGCUUCAGAGGCUUCUUGUGUCACCAUAGCAGAUCCGUGUGUCACAACAUGCAAGCAAAUCAAAUGAAGGAGUGUGGACAAAGUUAUAUAUCGAGCAAAUCGGAUGAAGGCGUGUGGACAAAGUUAUAUAUCCAAUAGUCAACCAUGUAGUUUACUAUUGUGCAGUAUGAAAAACAGUGUACAUAAGUUAUCUGGCACUAAUACUAUGGCCUGCUUUUGGUUUCUAUGAUACCAACCCUUGCUUAGGUAUUUCAUGUCACAUUGCAUAACAAAUGCGCCAAUGGCAUGCAGAUAGGGCCAUUUUUUUAGAUAUUUUACGGGUGAUUACUGUAGUGAGUAUCUACCAUCACCUACUCUUUGAGUAAUAUCAGAUAUAUUUCCAUCUUGGGGUAUAUUGAG